AUGGCGUCGGGCUCGGAGCUGCCACAAUAUUCCUCUCAAGUGAAACGUAGAAAAAUCGAGAGUGAAGUUUAUGGUGUCUCGGUGCAUUUUGAUAUCGAUUUUCCAGAGGUCAAAGUCAAUCGUGAUACUCAAAUUAUCGAUAUUGAAGAACCCCUCGGUGGUGACAGUGGCUUCACAGACAUGAGCGACGGUGCAAAAUCCCUUUCGAACACCCCGGACUCGACGCACCUGUCGUCGACACCAUCGAGAACCGACUCCACGAGCGAUGACACUGGCUGUCCCUUGGACACCGCCGACGAGAAAGAUGAAGUGUCCUCGACAGUCUCCAAUCUCUCGGACUUGUCUGGCUUGUCCGAGCUGUCUGAGGAGACGGGACAGUUGUGGAGGAGCGCAUCUGCCUGGGUCCAGAAGCAGAUGCAGACUGGCACAGACCCACGUGAUUUACUUCAGCAGUUACUGAUGGAUCCCACUCAGAUUCCGGAGCAGGUCGAUGAUAUUACGUUAUGGAAGCUUGUGCUGAACAUAAUGUCUGAUCCACCGAGACGACAGAAGCUGAGCUACGUCAAUACCCUCAACGACGUGGUUAGAUUGAUCAAAGAUAGUAAAAACAUUAUUGUACUGACCGGGGCUGGUGUGAGUGUCAGCUGUGGAAUUCCAGAUUUCAGGAGUAGGGAUGGAAUCUACUCGAGGCUUGCACAAGAUUUUCCCAAUUUACCGGAUCCUCAGGCGAUGUUCGACAUAAACUUCUUCGCCCAGGACCCCCGUCCCUUCUUCAAGUUCGCCCGUGAGAUCUACCCGGGCCUCUUCAAGCCCUCCCCCUGUCACCGCUUCAUAAAGAUGCUGGAGAAACACAAAAAGCUGCUGCGCAACUACUCCCAGAACAUCGACACCCUGGAGCAAGUGGCGGGAAUUGAGAAUGUGAUAGAAUGCCACGGCUCCUUUGCCACAGCAUCCUGCACCAAAUGUAAAUUCCAGGUGACAGCCGAGGACAUUCGCACUGACAUCUUCACCCAGAGGAUUCCCCUCUGCCCCAAAUGCAGCACCAAUUCGCUCCCCUCUCUGGCGACCACCAACACCUCCCACAACUACACAGAUUUGGUAUCCCAGGGGAUCAUGAAGCCAGACAUUGUAUUCUUCGGUGAAGGUCUCCCCGACGUCUUUCACGACUCCAUCGCCAAGGACAAGGACGACUGCGACCUGUUGAUUGUCAUUGGUUCCUCCCUAAAGGUCAGACCUGUGGCCCUUAUUCCCUCGUCGAUUCCCUCCCACGUGCCCCAGAUUCUCAUCAACCGAGAGUCCCUACCACACCUGAAAUUCGACGUAGAACUCCUGGGAGAUGGCGACAUAAUCAUCAAUCAGUUGUGCCACCUCAUGGGUGAGGAAUUUCACGAGUUGUGCUGGAGCGAGAAGAUCCUCGAGGAGAGCCCUCACCUGCUGCCCCCCAGGUUCGAGGACCCUUGGGAGAGGAGCAACAACUCGACCCAGGACAGCACUGAGAUCAUCCUCAAGCAGCACAAUGUCUCCAACGAGAGCCAGGACAGCUUGAGCAUCAACUCGAACACUCCCAAGCACCUGGGGAACAGUGAAAUCUGCAUUUCUCCUUUUGACGCUGGACACAUGGAGGGGAACGAGGGCUUCUCCCUGCUGGAGAGCCCUAAGCGACCUCUGGACGACUCCAGCGUUGAGAGCAGCCCUAAGAGGCUAAACAGAUCCUCGGGGUCCACUAGGUCCAGCGAUGAGGGGGAGAGGUUCAGGUUCACGAGAAUUGUCUCUGUCGAGUCGACUUCUGAGAAUAAUGGACAGGUUUUCAACCUUGAGGAGUGCCAUGUGAUACCCAGGAUUAUUGAGCAGGGGGCGAGGAUUGAGGAGAGGGAGGCUGAGGACAAGUAUGGAAAGUCGAGACAUGCUUCUAUAGAUUCGGCUAUUGACUCGGGGAUCGGGGACAGUUGUAAUAGUGUGGACAGCUCUGAGGCGAAGGAGAUCGAGGAGAAGCGGCAGGAGAUGGAGAGGAGGUGGGGGGAGAUGAAGGAGAGCCUGGCGGGGAGAUUGCCGGAGGGAAGCUAUUAUCAGGUUUCAUCGGGGAAGUACAUCUUCCCGGGGGCUGAGGUUUAUCUGGAGGGCGAGGACUUCGGGGAGAUGGAGGCCAGGGGGAGUGAGAUCUCUACUGUGACGUAUGCAGAGGAUGAGCGCAGAGCAACGUAAGGGUAACAAUAAAAAAAAAUGUAACUUGAGGUUACGAAAUCGUGCAAUUCAGUCUGUUAAUAACCUCCAGAGGAGCAUUAAGCAGACGUAAUCCUCCGAUCGUUGAGGAUCGAGAGUUCGAGGGGAUGUUUAGGAAACGCUGAGAGAGAUUAGCUGACGUCUGUCGUCAUCACGAAGUUCGAUUAUUCCUUUGGACUAAGAACGGGUUAACGUGUAAUAUUGGUACUUCAGGUCCCAGUGUCAAGAGAUUGACCAGUUGAAUGAGAAAAUCGUUGUGAAGUGAAAUUGAAUCAUCGAAUUUUUAUGCAUUCUGCGUAAUUAUUUUAAUUUCUCCAUUUCACUCCAUUGAAUUGAGGACAAGGACUGGCUUAUGUCGUCGCUCACAUUAUUUAUCCGCUAUUGUAAAUACUGUAUUUUGUAACCGAUUUUUAUUUGUUGAGUUGAAUGUAUGAGGAAAAAUGAUGUAGGCUUAUUGUUAAGGGACGUCUGCAGGAAGUUGAGAUGUAAAUAGGGAGGAAAUUUUCGUUGCAUUUUGGGGCAUGUGGAGGGCAUGAUGAUUAGACUUCUCUGAUGUUUAAUUGCCUCGGAAUUGUUUAAACAAAUGUCCGGAGAAAUGAUGAAAUGUGGGGAGAACGUUAGUUUUUCAGGAUUCAUUUGUUAAAAGUGGAAUUAUCUAGCAAACGGGAGGGUUUAAGAGAAAUUGUCAUAAGAAUUUUUUUGUAGGGAAUUUAAUUUUCAACAAAAAAUGUCUUAUGAUAUUUUCUUGUAGAACCACUCGUUUUGGAGAUAAGUGCGAAAAACUAAAACAGGAAAUUUGACUCAUUGGGUUUCAAGACUUCUUCGAUAAAUUUAUUGAUCCAUUACCUCCUGGUAGUGAUUAUUAACCAAAAGAGAUGAAUUAUAGAUCGUCUUCAUUUCUCCAUUACAGUGAUCGAUUUAUCGUUUCGAGACUCCAUUCAAUCAAUUUAAAAUUUAAGUAGAACAUAAAUUAUUGGGGUUGAGAGGAAUAAUUAAAUACUAUUUAUAAUAUUUCGUGAUUAAUUGGGAUUAAUUGAUCGAUCCAUUGCCCUUUUUUGUACGAUCUCAAUGUAUUAAGUUAAAAAAUGAAAGAAAAUGAGAUUGGGAGGGAAAUUCAAUGGGAAAUUCAAUACUUAAGCUUUCUUCGCUUUUUGUUGGCAAAAUUCAUCUCAUGGAGAGUGCAAAAUCAAAUACUGCUGCAUUAAUUGUCCCAACAGGUGGAACUGCAAUGUUAAUCGAUGUCAAUUGAUUAAUCUCUGAUGUGAGGGAACGUAGAUGAAUUAUUAUUUCGUGGUUAUCACUAAUUUAAUUGAAAUUUUGAUUCUCCGGUUUAAUUGGAGCACAGGCGAAUGUACAAAGCAAUGCCAGAGGCUAAUAGCAUUGCGUGUUAUUUUUAUAUGGAAAGGAAAACAUGUGUAGUGACUUAAGAGAAAUGUAAAAAUAAUUGAAAAUGAUGAAAAAAUUAGAGGGGUUGAGUGAGGAGAGGAGAUGAUUUCGAAAUGGAUUUAUGGAUUUUCGAUAAAUCUGUUUAUUUAGGAGGAUAAUUUUUAAACUCGUCUUCUAUUCUCCACCACCGCAUCUCUCACAAGAUUGUGUGCGUUAAUUACCCGUAAACAGUCGUAAUAGUUCGAUCUAGAGAUAUUAAGCACCAGCAUAUGUAUUUUACCCAGAAUAAUACAACAAAAAUUGUUGAAAAAUAAUGAAGAAUGAAAGAAAGAAGAGAUUUUUUCUCUAGAUUAGCUGUAAAAACUGCAGAAGUGAAAAAACAAUUGAUGAAUUUAUUUUUAAUAGGAAAUUGAAUUAAAAUCGUGAUGUCUUAAUUUAAACGAACCAGUAUAAUCUAAUCGAAAUCGGGUAGACGAACGCCAAGAAUCGUUUCUUAGUUGAAAAUUAGAAAUGUUUUAUAAACAUUGACAUUUAAUUUUUUCUUCGCUUUGUAAAAAUGCCAAUUUAUUUAUAUUUGUUAUGAACAUGCUACUGGCACUCACUAAACCCGACACAAACAUGGAAGAAAAAAAUUAUAAUUGAAAUAAUUAAUAUAAUUAACUAUUUUCGAUGAAAAAUUCAUGAAAUUUCAUAAUUGGCUUUAAUUUAUUCUAAAAUCAUUGAGAUGAAAGACAAAUCAAUUGAUUAAUUUCAUCAAUUUUCUUUCAACAGUACUGACUUCUUAUAUAUAUUAAUUAAAAACGUAAUUGUAUGUGAAUAUUUAUUAUUUCUACUCCAUUCAAAUGAACUUGAAAAAAUGAUUUGAAUGAAAUAUCAAUUUCCACGUUAAUUAAUCACUGUUAAUUAUGAGUAAAUAAAUAAUCGAUUGAUAUUUUCGAACCGGACGCAAAACACUAGAUACAGAGUUUUGAAUUUUUUAUAAUUUGUUAUUUAAUGUAAUUGAUAAUAUAAAUUGUUUACUUUAUUUACAAAAACACAGUUUUAAGGAAUCAAUUAUUUUUCUCUCGGUAUUACUAACGCAUAAGGGAUCUAAUCUACUCAAAUCACAUCGUAAAUUAAAGAUUUUUUAUGAAAUUCAAGAGGAUCAUGUGCAGGUGUUUAUUUAUUCAGUUACCUCAUACAUUUAUUUCUAUUAUCUAUUACUACGAAUGAUUGAGACAUUUAUUGGGGGAUAAAUUGUCUUCGUGGAAAAUUUUGUGAGCUUCAAACAUGGUCUCUUAAUAUUUUUUUAUCCAAUGGUGUUGGACAUAUUUGCAAAAUAGUUCGAGAGGAAUUUUUGAAACUUCAGAAUUUUUCAUAUUAUUUAGUAAAUAUCUCGGAAAUUAUUCGAGUUAGAGGAAAAUGCCAGAGGAAAAUGCCUUGUUUGAUGGAAAUUGGAUUUCCUGCAAAAAUAGUCACUUGACAUUUUUUCAACAAUUCCCAAGAUAUUUGAUGAAUAAUAUAACUGCUGAUUAUUUUCAAGGGUAUCAUCGAGUGUUGCUUACAAUAACACUUGGAAUUAUCCCAGAAAAUCACCUAGCACUUGUGUUUCCAAUGAAAUAAUUCAAUUUCAAUCAGAAUUAUCGAAGAUUUAACGCAAUUGUUACGAAGAUUUUCCAUAAUACAUUCAUGUAGUAGAUAAAUGAAUGAAAAGAAAAUGGAAAAUGGUCUUAGAUGAAGUUGAAUUCCUAGUGGAUGAUAGAAAAUAGUCUGUAAAUAGGGGGGAAAUCGUGGGGGUAACGAUAAUCGCACGAGAAGAAUUGGCAGAUGACAAUUAAAGAAAUAAAUUAAUGAAACUAGUGUUAAGGGGGUGCAACAGAGAAUAAUCAACAAUUUCAUCUUCACAAUGGUAAAUAUUUUCUCACAAUCAUCUCUGUUGCUCGAUUAAGAUCAUAACGAGGUAAUGAAGUUUCGAGGAAUAAUGAGAGUGACUAUUUUUGUUGUUCGUGUAAUUGUCGUCGAGGGAGAGUGACUCUUGAUCAAUUAUCGGGGUGUCUUGAUAUUAUUUUGUACUUAACGAUUGGGGUGAAUACGAGAGGAUAAAUAGUUCAUAAUGAAUUACGUGCAAAUGUGUGUUGUACAUGGCAAUGAUAAAUAUGUAUAUUUUCAGCAGUAAUAAAGAGAAUUAAUGGUUAA